AAAGCGCAAAGCGUAAACAAAUAAACAGAACAAUAGUAUACAAUAAACGCAGAAUAACUGAUGAAUAAAUAACCCUGCUUUAUGCGGGUAUUUUUUUUUUUUACCUUCCAGCAUUAGCAUCAUCCACAGGGGAAUAUUUUUGAAAGCACGCUAAACACGAUGAGAAGAAACAGCUUAACCUGACCAGCGUCACUCCAAAGGGAACGAAGCGAACACGUGGAAAGCCAUCAUGUAGUGUUGCAAGAGAAAUGCACAUAGAUUGCCACCUUUCCCGCGUCCCCCAUUUUGUGUUUUACGCUCAUAUUUGUGUGGCGAGUACACUUGGUUUAUGCCCAUUUUUGAGGACAUUUCAACCACUGGUUUUUUUUUUUUGUUUACCCAUAAAAUAGUGAAAAAAUGAAUGACCAGGAGGAAGAAAAAAAAGGGGGGGGAGAAAAAGCAGCAAAAAAGAGCAUCAGCAUUCGUUUUGACGGAGAUGAAAUGGACAUUCCUGUUGAGAAGACUCGCGGGGAGAAGCAGGACGGGCGGGCGAGGGAUGAUUUCCACGCGAGCAGAGAUAAGAACGGACAUGCCAAUACAAAUGGAAGCACCCAGGUGGACCAAGGCCUGUCGAAAAAGAAUGACACAACGGAGGCCAAGGAAAAGUUGCUAAUCUUUAAGAACUACAUUCAAAGGGAGGCAGAAAAGAGCAGCGAAGAGAGGAAAGAGCAACCCAACAAAGGGGGAAGUAGCCCCCUAAAGGAACAGCAACCAAGUAAAGAGCCAAAUGGCUCGAAGAAGGAUCAUCAACCCAGUAAAGAGCCACAUGGCGCAGAUGAGGACGAGUUCGAAAUCCCCAUACACAGGAAAAAAAGGAACCAGCGCACUGACUUUUUAAGUGAAAGCUUUUUUAAAAAUAAAGAUUAUGAAGAGGAGGAGGAGCGGGAGGAAAACAAAAGAUUGCACAUACUGGACAUCUUCAACUAUCAUGAUUUCCCUGUAAAUUUAUUUGGGAGAAAAAAAACGAAAACAAAAAAUAAGGAAAAAAAAUUUGUCAUCGAGUUUGUAGACACAUAUAAUGACGAUUUUGUAAAAAAAAACAUUAACAACAAUCUUAUAUUUGAGUCCAUAGGGGUAUGUAAAGGAAUUUCCUUUUUGCACAUAAACAAAAAUAUUAAUGUAAACUGCCUAGGGUCCAAAGACAACAAUGCGUUUUAUUUUUACAAAAUGAUACCAUUCGAUAAGAUUUACUCCAAGGAUGCCAUCAGCAAAAUGUUAAGCAGCAAAAUGCUAAGCAGCAAAAUGCUAAGCAGCAAAAGUGCGCCCCCCAAAAAUGAGGACACAAGACAGCAGAGUAUUAGGAAAGGACACCAAGUGAGGAGCCAUUUGGAGAGAGCGCACCAAAAUGAGGAAAGUAAUCCCCUUUGGAAAAAUUAUAACAUGAUAAAAAAUUACCUUUUUAAUAAAAAAAAAGAAAAAAAAACCUUGUAUAACGAUUUAUAUUUAUCCCCCUAUGAAAAGAAUUUAAAAUCAAGUAUAUGUAUAGGGACUCAUAUAUACUCCAAAGAAAGGGCCGUGAAAAAAUGCUUCGGGUUGCUAAUAGAGCAAAACGUAUACUCCGGUGAUCAACCCCAGGAUGAAAAUUCAUCUGUCAAUAAAAAUUUGGAAAAUUUGUACUUUGAUUUUCCAUUUUAUAGAAACCAAAUAAGCUUCAAACCUAUUUACUACCCGUAUAAGAAUAUCCCCAUUGUGAGCCACUCUUUCCAGAGUUAUUUUAAAAAUAUCCAGUGGGAAAAAAUGAACAAGUUGAGGGAUGCUCAGUUUUACUACGACGUAAAAAACAGCUUCUUCAAUUUUUCAAGGGACGUUUACUUGACGACCAAGGGGGCCAUUAGGCACUUCGAUUCGCCCAAGGACUUCAUCUUCCAAACCGCCAACCGAAUGAAGGACAUCAACUUCCAGAUGAAGAAGAUUUGCGAAAGGUCGUUUUACAUAGUGCACGAUUCCGUGAUGAAACUGAGUAAGGUUUCCAAAAGUUCUUAAGACAAAAGGACACGUUGUUGGCCACCGACGUCUGUAUGUGCAUAGUGCUUUGCUGCACAUACCAACACAAGCAUUUCUGUUUUUCUUU